GCUAUUUAUAGCAGCCGCCGCGGCGAUAUAAGGGGUGGCCGGCUGCAGGCUCCCCGGCCGCGGCCGCCGGGGCGGGCGGGAGGUGGCUGGCGGCGCUGCCCAACCGCGGGCGCCUCUGGGCGGGCGCUGAGAGCGCGGGCCCGGCGACUCCGGCAGCAGCGCGGUGCCCCGCUCUGGCAUGAGCCCCCCCCGCGCCGGGAGGAGCGCUCCCCGGGCACCGCCGCCUCCCCUGGCCGGGGAUCCGGGUCGGGAAGAACGGGCUGUCGCCGACUGACCCCGCGGAGCCACCGCGAACAGCAACGCCAGGCGCAGAAGGACUUGGGACGCAGGUCUAGCACACUGGAAGCAUGGCUACAAGUGCAGUUCCCAGUGAAAACCUCCCCACAUACAAGCUGGUGGUGGUUGGAGAUGGUGGCGUGGGGAAGAGUGCUCUCACCAUUCAGUUUUUCCAGAAGAUUUUUGUGCCGGAUUAUGACCCAACUAUUGAAGACUCCUACCUGAAGCACACGGAAAUAGACGGGCAAUGGGCAAUUCUUGAUGUUCUGGAUACUGCAGGCCAAGAGGAGUUCAGCGCAAUGCGAGAGCAGUACAUGAGGACUGGAGAUGGUUUUCUUAUAGUCUACUCAGUGACGGACAAGGCCAGCUUCGAGCAUGUGGACCGGUUCCACCAGCUGAUCCUCAGAGUCAAGGACAGAGAGUCCUUUCCAAUGAUUUUGGUGGCAAACAAAGUUGAUCUAAUGCAUUUGCGGAAAAUUACAAGAGAACAGGGAAGAGAAAUGGCAACAAAACAUAAUAUUCCCUAUAUAGAAACUAGUGCCAAGGACCCACCUCUAAACGUUGACAAGGCCUUCCACGACCUCGUAAGGGUAAUAAGGCAACAGAUCCCAGAGAAAAGCCAGAAGAAGAAGAAAAAGACCAAAUGGCGAGGGGACAGAGCCACAGGCUCCCACAGACUCCAGUGUGUGAUUUUGUGAUGGGACUGCCUGGGUGUGCCUUGGACGCCUCCCCCCGGCCCCACCACCAACCCAGGCGAGGAGCAGCAGCGUGAUGCCCACAUGCCCCCCCCGGGCUCCCCACAGUGGCUUGGACUUGGAGGAGGUGGCUUGAUGCGAUCUGGGCCCCCGCAGAGGGGGCUGUGCAUCGGGGCUGGCGUGGGAGCUGUGCGAAUGGGAGGCGGAAGGGAUCAGCAGGACCUUGACUCUUGAACAUCCCCAGCGACUUCCAGGGGCCUCCAUGAUGUUUAUUUAAAAAAAGAAAAAAAGGGGGAAAAAAAAAAGAAGGAAAAAAAAUAGAAAAAGAAGUGUUGGUUUUAUCUGCAAACAUUUCUCCUUGUGACCCAUUUCUGAACAGCCAUGAAUAGCCCCCCUGUUUGGUACAGUUGUCUGUGUCUGUGUGGGGGAAGGGAAAGGGCUUUUCUUUCUCUAAUUUUUUUUUCAUCCUCUUCUCCUUUUUUGCUGUUUGCUCAGCAAGUGUUGGGUUGCAAAGAAACACGGCCGGGGUUAGAUUUUUUGCACUGAACUCUCUUUUAGACGGCAGUGCCAAAACACGACUUCAUAUGAAAGUGCAUAGAUUUGGAGGAAGAAAAUUAAUUCCAGCUGCUCUGUGUGCUCCAGACAUUGUGUCAGACUCUGGAGGGCAGCCAGCUCACAGACCGUAAACUCCAGCUUAGGAAAGGAGGUUUGGGCUUGGAUUAUAUUUUUUUCUUACCCUUUGUCAAGAGAUUUUGUUUCUGUUUUGUAAUUUGGGGCAUGUCAAAGUUAAGACAUUUUGCUAACCUGGAACUAUUUAAAUUAAAGUAAUUUACAAAUGGAA